AUGUCAAGUACCGACAGAGGCUCGAGCACCACGCGUUUUAUUAAAGAAGAAUGUGAUUAUAUGUGGGAGAUAGAGAACUUUCAAGCGUUGUGGCAAUUAACAGAUGCAGUGAUGAUGUCGCCAAUGUUCACUGUCAGUGGCUCUAGUCAAAUACAGUUUCAAUUCAAAUUUCACAAAAUCUACGACAAACAAUAUCCUCAUGGUGUCUUAAAAUUGUAUCUAAGCUGCGUAAAUAGCAAUAGUGUGAUAUGCAAUUACAGGAUAUCAAAAAUGAACCAAUUAAUUACAUGCAACAAUAAUACCGUGAACAUUCGCUGCAAAUUGACAGUUUUCGUAGCGGAUACAAGUAACUUGCUAAACUGUAAAUCCGACAAUAACGAUGAAGUACCAAAACUAAAAUUCGACUGGGUAUUUUUGGAUGAAAAUUUGAGUGACGUGAAGCUUCGAACUGCAUGUGGAAAGGAAAUUCCUGCACACAGACUCGUGCUUGCCACUGCCAGCCCAGUGUUCAGAGCCAUGUUUAGCCAUAGUAUGCCGGGCAACAGAACCCAAUCAGUUGAUAUGAUGGAUGUCAGCUACGAAACUGCGGUUGAGAUGCUCCGGCACAUCUACACGGGUAGUGUUAAAAAGUGUGAAAUUUCGAUGAUUAUCGAGCUUUUGGCGGCCGCCGAUACUUAUCAAUUUGAAGAGUUGAAAAAUAAGUGCGAAAAAAUAUUGAUAACCAAUUUAUCGACUGACAAUGUCUUGGAGAUUUUGGAAAUUGCCAAUAAUCAUGGUGCAAAAAUUUUAAAAAAAGGAAUAGCUGAUUUUCGCAAACUUCGUCAUGCUAUCUACGACUUGAAGCUUGAAGACAUGAUUCUUUCCGAUCCAGUGAAUGGCCUCGUAGUCGAUAUCGAGCAAGAAUCAACAUUUUCUUCGCAAGUACUUCGAUAUUUAUGCACCUCACUUCAUCAGAUAAUGUCGGAGAUCAUACGAGACUAA